AUGCCCUCAUCUGCUCCUCUUGCCGACACCGCCAAUGGCGGUCUCAACGCCAACGACAAUAUCACUCGCUUCGAGCCUCCCAGCCGAGUGCUCUCUCCUUUCACUCACACUCUCUUCCACAACAAGACGAGAUGCUUCGUAUACGGUAUGCAGCCCAGAGCCGUGCAAGGCAUGCUCGACUUCGACUUCAUUUGCAAGCGUAGCACACCUUCGGUUGCUGGUAUCAUCUACACUUUUGGUGGCCAGUUCGUCAGCAAGAUGUACUGGGGUACCAGCGAGACUCUCCUUCCUGUCUACCAGGACGUCGCCAAGGCCAUGUCCAAGCACCCUGACGUUGACACCGUUGUGAAUUUUGCCUCCUCUCGUUCCGUCUACAGCUCCACCAUGGAGUUGAUGCAGUGCCCCCAGAUUAAGUCCAUCGCCAUCAUCGCCGAGGGAGUUCCCGAGAGACGUGCUCGCGAGAUCAUGGUUACUGCCAAGGAGAAGGGUAUCACCAUUAUUGGUCCUGCUACCGUUGGUGGUAUCAAGCCUGGUGCUUUCAAGAUCGGUAACACCGGUGGUAUGAUGGACAACAUUGUUGCUUCCAAGCUCUACCGCAAGGGUUCCGUCGGCUACGUUUCCAAGUCUGGUGGUAUGUCCAACGAAUUGAACAACAUCAUCUCUCAGACCACCGAUGGUGUCCAUGAGGGUAUCGCCAUUGGUGGUGACCGCUACCCCGGUACCACUUUUAUCGACCACCUCCUGCGUUACCAGGCCGAUCCUGAUUGCAAGAUCCUCCUCUUGCUCGGUGAGGUCGGUGGUGUCGAGGAGUACCGUGUCAUUGAAGCAGUGAAGAACGGUACCAUUACCAAGCCUCUUGUCGCCUGGGCUAUCGGUACCUGCGCCAGCAUGUUCAAGACUGAGGUUCAGUUCGGUCACGCUGGUGCCUCGGCUAACUCCCAGCUUGAGACCGCUGUGUACAAGAACAAGGCCAUGAGGGAGGCCGGUAUCCACGUUCCCGACACAUUCGAGGAGCUUCCUCAGCUCCUCAAGCAGGUGUACGAGGAUCAGGUCAAGAAGGGCAUCAUCAAGCCCCAGCCCGAACCUCAAGUUCCCAAGAUCCCCAUCGACUACUCCUGGGCCCAGGAGUUGGGUCUCAUCCGUAAGCCCGCUGCCUUCAUUUCCACUAUCACCGACGACCGUGGCCAGGAGCUCCUGUACGCCGGAAUGCCCAUUUCCGACGUCUUCAGAGAGGACAUUGGCAUUGGUGGUGUCAUGUCCCUUCUGUGGUUCCGUCGCCGUCUGCCUCCCUAUGCCAGCAAGUUUUUGGAGAUGGUUCUCAUGCUCACUGCUGACCACGGUCCGGCCGUGUCUGGUGCUAUGAACACCAUUAUCACCACCCGUGCGGGCAAGGAUCUGAUCAGCGCCCUGGUCUCUGGUCUCCUGACAAUCGGAUCUCGCUUCGGUGGUGCUCUUGACGGUGCUGCUGAGGAGUUUGCCAAGGCCUUCGACAAGGGCAUGAGCCCCCGUGACUUUGUUGACACCAUGAGAAAGGAGAACAAGCUGAUCCCUGGUAUUGGCCACAGAGUCAAGUCCCGGAACAACCCUGACCUGCGUGUCGAGUUGGUCAAGGAGUUCGCCAAGAAGCACUUCCCCAGCACCAAGCUCCUCGACUAUGCCAUCGCUGUCGAGACCGUCACCACCUCCAAGAAGGACAACCUCAUUCUGAACGUUGAUGGUUGUGUUGCUGUCUGCUUCGUUGACCUGAUGCGCAACUGCGGUGCUUUCUCGCCCGAGGAAGUUGAGGAGUACAUGAAGAUGGGAGUCCUCAAUGGUCUCUUUGUCCUUGGCCGCAGCAUUGGUCUUAUUGCUCACUACCUCGACCAGAAGAGACUGCGCACUGGUCUUUACAGACACCCUUGGGAUGACAUCACCUACCUGCUCCCCACUUUGCAGAAGGGUGGUGCCGAGGGUCGUGUUGAGGUUAACUUUUAA